AUGACUGCAUCAAUAACACCCAUACAAUUUAAUUCAAAAACAACUACAAAACAACAAUUUGCAUCUACAUCAAAGGCAUGGAUUCAUUUUGUAGCGGGAGGUCUUGGAGGUAUGGUUGGAGCAAUUGUAACUUCGCCAUUGGAUGUAGUUAAGACGCGAUUACAGAAUUACUGA